UAUUCCCCGAACACCCAACCCAACCCAGCACAACACUAGAGUCCACAGCAGCAACCGCUCCACCGACGUCCUCGAUCUCAAUCCUCUAAUUCCUUCAACUCGCCGCAAUUUCUCCGACGCACUCAGCUCCGGCGCCGUCGACCACACUUCCUAGAUCUACACCUAUCGCAGCAUUUCGAGUCAGGAGAUGGGAGGAUCUGGAGCAGAAAGCUUCCUCAAAGUGCUUGCGCAGAAUUUCGACGUCCUCGCCGGGCCUGUUGUUAGCCUGGUUUACCCUCUAUACGCUUCGAUUCGAGCCAUCGAGACGAAAUCGCCGAUCGAUGAUCAGCAAUGGCUAACCUAUUGGGUGCUCUACUCCAUGAUCACUCUCUUUGAGCUUACUUUUGCCAAGCUCAUUCAAUGGCUACCGUUCUGGUCAUAUGCGAAGCUGAUCUUCACUUGCUGGCUGGUGAUUCCAUACUUCAGCGGCGCAGCCUACGUGUACGAGCACAUUGUCAGGCCGUAUCUAGUCACACGACAAAAGAGCGUCAACAUAUGGUACGUACCUACCAAGAAGGACGUGUUCAACAGGCCGGACGACAUCCUGACUGCCGCUGAGAAAUACAUUCAAGAGAAUGGACCGGAAGCUUUAGAGACGAUGAUUCACAGGUCUAAGAGGGGGCCGGCAUCGAGCAGCAGUAUUCACAAUCAUUCGUACUACGACGACAACUAUAGGUACGAGGAAGAUUACAGGUACUAAAUCAUGUCUAUGUUCUAAAUCUUGUUUACGACGUAGCUGAUGAUAAUGUAAUAGCAAAAUAGUUUUCAUGGCCGCGCCAAAUUAAUAAAAUUACUUCUAUUUUUCUAAA